AAGCACCACCAUCACCAAUAGAAAAAUAUUUGGCACAGCAGAAUCUGAAAAAAGAAUGUAGAAAAAAUAGAAAACAACAAAGAAUGACAGCAGAAAAAGAGGUUCACCCACCUCCACCAAAGUAA